UAAUACCCUCAUCUCCUUCUCCAAACCAUUUGCAUGUCCAUUUUUUCUCUCUUUCUUGCCAAAUCUUCUAGAUCUUGGCCUUCCCAACUAUGGUUAUGAGCUUUUGCAAAAAGAGCGUCCACGCUUUUCUUGGCCUCACCACCUCCAUAGACACCACCACCACUGCCUUCACUGACAAGCUGCCGUGUCACCACCACAUUUCGUCGUCGCUUGCGGGAGGCUUGGGACUGAUCAGUGCCGCCGGCGGGGGUGAUAUCCAACGCUCCCCGAACGUUCUUGAAUCGUCGUCGGUUAAAUCCACUCCUCCUCCUCCUCCUCCUCCUCCACCUCCUCCUCCUCCUCCGGCUGCUCCGAUGAUGAUGACGAUGAUGAUGCUGAUGAAAGACAAAGACCCCCGCGGGAUAGGGUUCAUCGAUGAUAUAGGAGGCGGCGUCGACGGGUUGAUGUCGUGCACCGAGAGUCUGGGGUUUGAGAGCUCCGACGAGAGGCGGUUCGACGACAAGAUUGAGGAGGAGAUUAAUGGGAAUAAUGAGACUAGUAAUGAUGGGUUUCAAAGGCGGUCGACGAUUUCGACGAGAAUGAAAUGGAGGAAGGAGGGAGCGGAGGUCAAGAAGUUUCCGCCGCCGCUUUCUUCCAUGACUCGUAACGGCCAGCGCAAUUUCUUUUUCCGUGCUGUCAGGAAAGACGGCCGCCUUGAGCUCACUGAGGUCAGGAUUGAUCGGACCGAGAUUCUCCAUGCUUCCCGACAAGAUGGGCGCUUGAGAUUGCACCUCAUCAGAGACGACCCCGAUGAAGAUGAAGAAGAAGAAACAGAUUUCGAAGAAGAAGAAGAAGAAGAAGAAGUAAAUGGGGAUGAAGAAGAUAGUGUAGAAGAAGAGAAGGAAGAAGAGGGGAGUGGGGAGUGGAAGUUUCCGGCGAGUGGCGACGGGUUCAUUAGAUGUCACGAGUUGGCAAGCCACCACCACCACCAGCAUCACAGUCACCACCAGCACAACUUGCAUAUAUGGAGGCAGCAUUGUGUGACAACCGGGUGAGGUUACCAUGCUCACGUGUGUUUGCGAAAUUGCCAGAGAGACAACCAGGUUAUAAUUUUUCGUGUGUGUGUCUUUUGGAAGCGUGUUGAAGAUUUCUGCAACGUGUUAUCUGCUAAAUUUAGCAAUCAGAGAUGGUUGAUGCAUGUGUCCCAUCUUAAAUUUGGUAUUGAUAACAGUGGAAUCUCUGCAUACGUACGACAGCAACCCAAUUGCUCUGCAUCGCCAGCAGAGAGAGACAGAGACAGAGACAGAGACAGACAAAGGUUGCCAAAUUUAGAAUGGCUCUGUUUCAACAACAUAAACACAGUUUCAGUACCAUUUUUGAGACCUCAUCUUCCAUCAAAUAAAGAAAAUUCUGAAGAAUACCAAUACCAAUACCACAUCCAUGCACCACCGUCAAUUUUCUCUGUAAUUUUUUAGAUGAUUUAUAAGGGGUUCUGUUUUAUCUUUCCA